GGCUCCGCACCGCCUCCGCCGCGCUAUAAAGUGCGGUAGCGGGGGCUCAGCGCAGCGGGCGCGCAGCCGGUGAGGGAGUUUCUCGCUGCCGCCAUGGGGAACACUGUGGCCAGGGAGGAUUUCGAGUGGGUCUACACGGACCAGCCGCACGCCGACCGCCGCAAGGAGAUCCUGGCUAAACAUCCGGAGAUCAAAGCAUUGAUGAAGCCAGACUACAACCUGAUCUGGGUGGUUGUGCUGAUGGUUCUGGCGCAGCUGACUGCAUUCUACCUGGUUAAAGACUUGGAUUGGAAAUGGGUUGUCUUCUGGGCUUACGUUUUUGGAAGCUGUAUUAGUCACUCUAUGACUCUGGCUAUCCACGAGAUCUCCCACAACAGUGCCUUUGGCAACUGCAAAGCCAUGUGGAAUCGAUGGUUUGGAAUAUUUGCCAACCUCCCUCUGGGUCUCCCCUACUCCAUCUCCUUCAAGAGGUACCACAUGGAUCACCAUCGGUACCUGGGCGGUGACGGCAUCGAUGUGGACAUUCCUACCAACUUCGAGGGCUGGUUCUUCUGCACCCGGUUUAGGAAGUUCAUAUGGAUUGUUCUUCAGCCCUUUUUCUAUGCCAUUAGACCUCUCUGCAUAAAUCCUAAACCCAUUAGUCGACUUGAAAUAAUCAAUUUAUUGGCUCAGCUCGCCUUUGAUGUGGUAAUAUAUUAUUUAUGGGGAGUCAAAUCCAUUUUUUACAUGCUUGCUGGUUCAGUACUUGGUCUUGGGUUGCACCCAAUUUCGGGACACUUCAUAGCUGAACAUUACAUGUUUUUAAAAGGACAUGAGACCUACUCCUACUAUGGGCCACUUAAUUUGCUCACUUUUAAUGUUGGCUAUCACAAUGAACAUCAUGACUUCCCCAAUAUUCCUGGCAAGAGCCUUCCACUGGUGAAGAAAAUAGCAGCUGAAUACUAUGACAACCUGCCCCAGUAUAACUCUUGGAUAAGAGUACUGUAUGACUUCGUGAUGGAUGACACAAUCAGCCCAUACUCACGCAUGAAAAGGCAAUUAAAGGGUGAAGUGAAGCAAGAUUAAACUUCUGGCAACCAAAAAACUCUGAAAUGUCUGCUUGCUUUAAAGUGGCUGGUAUAAAGGUUUCCUGCUAAAGCUGUUCACCUGUGUCCUGAAUUAAGAUGUCCAGCAACAUAGCAAUGCAUCCUUAAGGAUUUUGUAGCAGACUCCAACCAGCUAUAACAUUCCUCACAGUCCUCAGAUUUGUUGGUUUAAUGUGUCUCUAUUUGCCUAAGGAUCAGUGUUAUAUGCAUUAAUGCAAAAUCACUUUGUUACAGAAUUUACUUUGGUAGGUGUUAAAUUUAUAUAAAAUGUCUGACUCAUAGCAGUUUAAAAGUUGUCAAUGUAUUAUACUGCCCUCAACAUGCUAUUUAGAUGGUAGUUUUAAAAUGCUGUACUUACCUGUUAAUUCUAAACUAACAUGAUUUGUUAACUUAAACAUUCUGUUGAAAAUGUUUCCAAACUGAUGGUUGGAAGAACUAAAUUUGCACAGAAUUGUUCAGUCUGCUUUUGUUUAAAUAUGUCAUCUAAAGCAAUGCUUUAAAGUUCCAUCUUUUCUACUGAGAGUACCUUAAAGGAGCAAUCUAUCAGAAUGAAACUGCUAUCUUUGAGAUGACUGAUGUGACUUCUUUGUUAAAAAAAAACAAAAAAAGGUGGGGAAUUCACAGGUAUUGCCAACUCCAAGGGUCCCCCCUACUGCCUGAGCUGCUUCUGUUGGCAUGUAGAGUGAGCAGUGGCAUUUAGGUAACUUAAUAAACCUGAUCUGGGGUUUCAUGUUGGAAAAAGUCCUGUUUAGAGAGUUUGGGGGUUUUCUGAUCUUUGAAGAAAAAUCACUACCAUGUUACUAUGGCUUCAAAUAUAAAUAUUUACUCUUA